AUGACAACCAAAACUGCCCCCACAAAAUAUAACACUGGCCCGCCGUUGGUUUAUGCAGGUGCAAGCCGCUCAGGGAACUUUUUGAUUCAGGUGCGAUUUUUUCUUUUUGAAUGCAUGUCUUCUUCGUUUGCUGCACUUCGAGCCGCAGUUGCAGUUGCAGCUGCAGCAAUUGCAAUUUCCAAAUUAUACCAGCUAGUUAAAGACCACCAACACCUUACGGUCCUUCGUCCGCGGAGCCGUGGCGUGGAGUCAUUGAUUGGCAACACCCCUAUGGUGGAGAUCAAAUCGCUUUCAAAACUCACCGGGUGCAAAAUUUGGGCCAAGCUCGAAUUGAUGAAUCCCGGGGGUUCGGCAAAAGACCGGGUUGCCCUCGCCAUUUUGCGUGCAGCCGAGGGUGCAGGUGCAUUACGUCCUCGCUGCAAUGACGUUGUGGUUGAAGGCACCUCAGGAUCCACAGGGAUUUCAUUGGCGGUACUUGCAAAUGCCUUAGGAUAUACGGCCCAUAUCUGUCUCCCCAACGAUACGUCGCCAGAAAAAUUACAAGUGUUAAAGGCAUUGGGUGCAACCAUAGAACCGGUCAAUCCGGCUCUGAUUGUAGAUCCCAACCAAUAUACGAAUGCAGCGCGGGCUCGUGCAGCUGCAAUCAAUGCAGACGAAACCGACCGGCGACGGGCUGCGUUUGCCGACCAGUUCGAAAAUGACGCCAAUUGGCGCAUCCAUUACCGCACCACCGGCCCGGAAAUCGCGCGACAGAUGGACGGCUGCAAAAUCGACGCUUUCGUCACUGGUUCCGGAACCGGAGGAACUAUUGCUGGAGUUUCAAAAUACUUAAAGGAACAAGACCACCACACUCGCGUGGUAUUGGCUGACCCACAAGGAUCAGGAUUGGCAAACAGGAUCAAUUUUGGAGUCAUGUACGAUCUGGUGGAAAAAGAAGGAACUCGCAGACGACAUCAAGUGGAUACGCUUGUGGAAGGAAUUGGUCUUAAUCGACUCACACAUAACUUCAAGCAAGCAGAACCGUAUAUUGACGAAGCUAUACGAGUUUCUGACACCCAGGCGAUUCAAAUGGCUAAAUUUCUUACGGUGAAUGAUGGGUUUUUUUGGGGUACCUCCGCAGCUAUAAAUUGUGUAGCAGCUGCAAAACUAGCAUACAAAUUAGGUCCAGGCCAUAAUAUUGUUACCAUUGCUUGUGACUCUGGAGAGCGCCAUACUUCCAAGUUUUGGAAGGAAGCGGCACAAGUACCAAAUACUGUUAGGCUUGAUGAGAUUUUGGAGAAUUAG